AUGUGGAAUCCGUCUGCCAUCACUUUUGCGAAUGUGAAUUCAGUUGGAUCCAGCCCAUUUGAUAUUUUCGUCAAUACAAACAACACACUCUAUGUGGCCAGUCAAGCAAACAACCGCGUUCUUGUGUGGCCUCAAUGGAGUACUUGGCCGAUACAGUAUCUCUCGCGUAAUUUGUCGUCCCCAUACAGCCUUUUUGUCACAACUGCUGGCGAGAUUUAUAUUGACAGCGCCAGUUCUACUGGUCGGAUCGAUAGAUGGGCACCGAAGGCAUCAAGUGGUGUUCCGGUACUGUACCUGUGUUCGAAGUGCAAUGAUCUUUUUGUUGAUACACAGGACAUUCUUUACUGUUCGAUGCAAAAUCGUCAUCAGAUAGUAUCCAAGGCGUUAAAAACAAACUCGAAUGCAUUCGCAAUCGUUGCUGGUACAGGUUCAGCCGGAUACGCAGCAAAUAUGCUGAAUCAUCCUUGGGGGAUAUUUGUGGAUACCAAUUCUGAUCUAUAUGUAGCAGAUCAAUACAAUAAUCGUAUCAAGCUUUUCCGAUCAGGACAACUUAACGGUAUUACAGUUGCUGGGAGUACAUCGAUCAAUCUUACUAUUUCACUUUGGUGUCCUACUGGAGUUGCCCUUGACUUCGAUGGUUACCUCUUUAUCGUCGAUACGUGCAACCAUCGUAUCGUUGGAUCAGAUUCAAGUGGCUUUCGCUGUGUUGUUGGAUGUACCAAUACGGCAGGCUCAAACACAAAUCAGUUGUACUAUCCGAAAUCAAUGAGUUUUGACAGUUAUGGAAACAUCUUCGUCACUGAUACUAGUAAUAGUCGUAUUCAGAAAUUUAUUCGACUGAAUAAUAGUCGCGUUCCAUCAUAUAAUCAACCGAAAUUUUGUUCGGACGCUUCGUGGAAUCCAAAUGCCACUACCUUUGCCAAUGCAACUAACGGUGCCAUCGGACCAUCACCUUACGGUAUCUUCAUCACUAUCAACAAUACCAUCUAUGUUGCUGAUCAAUCGAAGUAUCGUAUACAAACUUGGUCAAAUGGAAGUGCCACUCCAUCACAAUCCAUCUACAGUAGUUUGAUGAAUUCAUAUUCACUUUUUGUCACAACCAAUGGUGAUAUUUUCGUUGAUAAUGGAUACUACAAUCGUCGGGUAGAUAAACGAACAACGAUGACAAAUACAAGUGUACCUGUCAUGUAUAUUAAUUCAUCAUGUUAUGGUUUAUUCGUUGAUCUGACUGAUGUUGUGUAUUGUUCAAUCUAUAGUUACCAUCAGGUGGUGAAAAGAUGGGUGAAUGACAUUUCUACUACUGUGACGGUUGUUGCUGGUACAGGUUAUGCCGCUAGCAGUUCAAAUUACCUGAAUCGCCCAAUGGGAAUAUUUGUGGAUACUAACUUUGAUCUAUAUGUAGCAGAUCAAUACAACCACCGUAUUCAGCUCUUUCGAUCAGGACAACUUACCGGCAUUACAGUUGCUGGGAGUGCAUCGCCUAAUCGUACUAUCUCACUCGUGUAUCCCAGUGGAGUUGUUCUCGAUGCUGAUGGUUACCUUUUUAUCGUAGAUAGCUACAAUCAUCGUAUUGUAGGAUCGAGUCGAAAUGGUUUCCGUUGUAUAGUUGGAUGUAGUGGUAUAGGCAACGCAUCAGAUCGGUUACGAUAUCCGACAUCGAUGAGUUUUGAUAUCUACGGGAACAUAUUUGUUACUGACACGAAUAAUAAUCGCGUUCAAAAAUUUGGUAUAUUAACGAAUUGCAGUCAAACAUCAUCAUCAAAUCAAACUACAACAACGACUCCAAUUACUUUGAUAACUGUGAAAGCGUGUCUACCACCUACAAUAACACUAAUUCCAAGUACCACUGCAGUGUCAUCACCGAUUCAAUUUCGUCGAAAUCAAGAUUUUACAAUAGUUUCACGGAUUGAAUUAAAUUGUAACAGAACAUCAUUCAUGAAUACGCAAUGGAUAAUCAAAAAUUGUACUUCAACGUGUUUGAACAAAAUUUCACUAGAUCCAACAAUACAAACAACAUUCAGUGAACUUUUUAUUCCAGCACGAACCUUGCCAUAUGGUCUAUAUGAGAUGACGCUAAUUGCUGCGAUGGUUAAUGUCACAAACACUUCUGCAUCAGCUGUCGUCUAUGUUCAGGUCACUUCAUCAGGCAUAACAGCUAAUUUACUUCAAUUUGGCACAUCCAUGGUCACACGUGGCAAUCAUCAAGAGCUGCAACUAGAUCCUGGAAGUUACUCUGUUGAUCUUGAUCAAAAUACAUUCAAUGCUUCUAACUGGAAAUAUAAAUACUAUUGUCGAAUCUAUGGCUCAUCGAUGUUUCCCAACCUACGAGGUUCAUUGUUGACAAUCAACGACCCAAGGAAUGAUCCUUCGAAUCCAUCUUGUUUGUCCAAUCGAACUGCGUGGAGAAUCGAUAAUGCAUUUGACUCGUCGUUCACCAUUCUUGCCGAUGCAUUGCAAUUCAAUCGAACAUAUCAGUUUAUGGUUCAAAUGGAGAACCGUGAGGCCUCUUCGCGUCAAGCGAGUGGCUAUGUUCUUGUGAAAGUGGAAGAUACUCGUCCACACAUGGUCUUUAUAGGUUGUGUGAUAUGGACGAUGUGUCAGCCGAAUCUGGAAUUCCAGCUAGUUAAUCCCACAACACAAGUGGCGUUGUUUUCGACUUGUCCAGGAGACUGCAACAGAAUCGAAAGGAUCGUAUGGAAGAUUUAUCAAGGCGUAGAGGAUUUGGCUACCGAUUCUACUAGAUGGACAGUGUUCAAUGAAACAAGUGUCUAUGAGAAUAUCUGGUUUUUCGGCAUCCAUACAAGUAAUUUCACCGCAACGAAUCAACUCUUUCUGUCCAACCCAGAAAUUCAGCUUUGGCGCUUUGAAGUUGUCUAUACCUUCACAAAUGAAACAAGUGUCAGUUCAUUGAAUUUUGUCAUCAAUCAACCGCCAUCUAACGGCUCAUGUUUAAUUGAUCCACUGAAUGGAACAACCACUACUUUGUUCACGAUUUCAUGCAAGGAUUUCUUUGAUGCAGAUGGAAUCAAAGACUACACUGUCUACGGCACGACCGAUGAUCAAAGCAAGAUGACGAUUGUUGCUUAUUCGAAUUUACCAACACUUCAAGUAUACUUACCAGCUGAUGAUAAUCAAAUAUCAUCACUUCGCUUAGUCAUUCAUGUUCAAGAUAAAAUGAAUUGUAUCACUGAAACGAAUCUCUCAUCAGUGACUGUUUUGCCUGAUACCCUUGCGAUAAAUGAUUUGAUAAAUAACAUUUGGAACCCAUCAGCCAAUGAUACCCCUAAUGCCAUCGUAAAUUUACUUGGAAGUGGAAAUCAAAAUAUCGUUGGACAGGUGAUCAGUUCGGUAUCACAACAGUUCAAUAGAAUGAACAAUGAAAAUAUUGAAGCGGCUGCUGCUAAUGGUAUUCCGAUUGCGAGUAUUUCAGUGUCGUCACUAUUAAAUGAAAGUCGACAACAAUCAUCAACGUUAUUGAAUCAGUCGGCAUUGGAAGAAUUCAACAGCCAACUGAACUCUCGUGCUGUAACUCGAGACUAUUUUAUUCCAUUCAUUACAAAUAUUCCCAUCACAACGUCAAAUAGCAUCAAACUACAAGCAUCAACAUUGGCUCACUUCACAAAAACAACAAAUGAAUUGACAAGAACAACUUUGGCAAGUGUAUCGAGUCGAUGUUAUGAGUUAGCAUUGGCUUUGAAUUCGAUGCGAACGAAAGUUGCAUACGAAGAUGUUCGACUUGCAUCAGCUGACCUUCUUCAAUGUGCUGCUAAUCUCGUCAACGCUGUCAACGGACCACUACAAGAACGAACGAAUUUUCUCGAUACAGAUGCAGUUGGAGCAACGAAAUUUCCCGAUAAUUAUGAUACUAAUCUGGAGACAGCGUGGUCAAAUCCUAGUCUGUUUGCUGAUGGUGAUGACUUCUCCUUAGAGACAAUAAAACGAAAUCAAGUCAUUUAUUAUCAAAAACAACUGGCGAAUGAGAUCAAAUCUAAGAUGGCUGAAGUGAUCUCACUGUUAACGUCAACACUGAAUAUUCAUCUCAACGUUGGCCAAGAUUUCGCCAUCGAAACAUCACAAGUGAUCAUGACACUCGAGACCAAAUCAACUCAAUCACUUUCGAGUUCAUUCACAAAAACAAUUGGAAAUGGACAAGUGACACUUCCCAAUAAUUUCACUUCAUCGCUCGCUAUAAAUGACAAAAUCUUUAUUCGAUCCAUGAUGGAGCCAUUGGCAUCGUUUGGAAAUUCAAAGUCAACAUCAAACACAAAUCUCUCCAGAUCAAUAACGUUCUCAGUUCUCGAUCAAAAUCAGAAUGAGAUUCCAAUCCAAACAGCAAAGAAUCAAUCGAUUGAGAUCAUCAUUCCUCGUGAUCCCAAUCUUAUCAUACCAUCGAUGAUCUUGCAAAAUGUUACAUCACUCAAUUUCACAUCCACUGAUGUCAUGUUUCAUUGGCAUCAUUUAAAUUUGUCUUCGUCACUUUCAGUGUCAGUUCAUUGGGAAAUUCAACCGUUGGAUACCAGUUUAGCCUAUUUGUUCAUCUACAGAUUCGAUCAAAUACCAAAACUGAGUUCAUCUGUCAAACAGAUCGAUGGAUGGACACUUUUCUGUCCCGAGAAUUUUACGAAUAGUAGUGUCUAUACAUACUAUGUCGAUAAUCAACAAACAACGGGUCGUCACUCAAUCAUCUUUGGUCUGAGAGAACUCAAUGAAACUGAAAUCAUUCAGCACUGUUCAAACACAUCGCUCACUGAUGAUCCUCCAAUUACUGAUCAUCCGGCCAACUACACCUCAGACUAUGGACUAAGAAUCUACACAUCAGGUUGUUAUUAUCUCGAUGCAAAUCAACAAUGGCAAUCAGAUGGACUCAUCGUUGGCCCGCUGACCAAUCACGAUCAAACACAGUGUUAUUCUACUCAUUUGACAACAUUCUCUGGUGGAUAUGCUGUUCUACCUGAAACAGUCAACUGGAGUUAUGUGUUUGCUAAUGCUGAUUUCAUGAAAAACAAAACCAUCUAUUUGACAGUGAUUCUUGUUUGUGCGAUCUAUGUACUUCUGGCUGUUUAUGCGCGGUACUACGACAAGAAAGACGUGGAGAAACUAGGCGUGACUAUCUUGCCCGAUAAUAACAAGAACGACGACUAUUUCUAUCAGAUGAUUGUGUUCACUGGUCAACGACGGGAUGCUGGAACGAAAUCGAAUGUGCAUUUNGCUGGUACAGGUUCUGCCGAUAACAGCUCAAAUUACCUCAAUCAUCCGAUGGGAAUAUUCGUGGAUAUUAACUUUGAUCUAUAUGUAGCAGAUCAAUACAACCACCGUAUUCAGCUCUUUCGAUCAGGACAACUUACCGGCAUUACAGUUGCAGGGAGUGCAUCGCCUAAUCGUACUAUCUCACUCGUGUAUCCCAGUGGAGUUGUUCUCGAUGCUGAUGGUUACCUUUUUAUCGUAGAUAGCUACAAUCAUCGUAUUGUAGGAUCGAGUCGAAAUGGUUUCCGUUGUAUAGUUGGAUGUAGUGGUAUAGGCAACGCAUCAGAUCGGUUGCGAUAUCCGACAUCAAUGAGUUUUGAUAUUUAUGGGAACAUAUUUGUCACCGAUACUAGUAACAACCGUAUUCAGAUAUUUAAUUUCUUCACGGAAUCAUGUGACACCGAAAGCACCGCAAGUCAAUAUAGUGGUAAAGAUACAUUUUUCUUUCACCCAUUAAAAAUAAUAUCAGUUUUAGGGAGUACAUUCUCAGCUACGGUUCAGUCCAGUAUAACAACGAAAGUGACUGCUCAAUCGACUGUCGUAACGUCGUCUCCAGUGCAAACAGUUGUCUCAUACAAUCGACCGAAGCUUGAUACGCAUACAAUGUGGAGUGCUAACGCAAUCACUUUUGCUAAUAACAUUACUGUCGGAUCAUCACCUUACGGUAUCUUCAUCACUAUCAACAACACCAUCUAUGUUGCUGAUCGGUCGAAGUAUCGUGUACAAAUUUGGUCUAAUGGAAGUGCCACUCCAUCACAAUCCAUCUACGGUAGUUUGAUGAAUUCAUAUUCACUUUUUGUCACAACCAAUGGUGAUAUUUUCGUUGAUAAUGGAUUGUAUAAUGGUCGAGUAGAUAAACGAACAACGAUGACAAAUACAAGUGUACCUGUCAUGUAUAUUAGUUCAUUAUGUUAUGGUUUAUUCGUUGAUCUGACUGAUGUUGUGUAUUGUUCAAUAUAUAGUUACCAUCAAGUCAUUGCAAAAUCAUUACAGAGUAAUUCAAAUAUUACCACAAUAAUAGCGGGCACCGGUUGCUAUGGAUCUACUUCAUAUCAACUCUAUUAUCCUAUGGGAAUAUUUGUAGAUAUCAAUUUUGAUUUAUACGUAGCUGACUAUAGCAACAAUCGUAUACAACUUUUCCGACCAGGACAACUUAACGGUAUUACAGUUGCUGGGAGCACAUCAAUCAAUCUUACUAUUUCACUUUUUUACCCGUCUGGAGUUGCUCUUGACUUCGAUGGUUACCUGUUUAUCGUCGAUAGAUACAAUCAUCGUAUCGUUGGAUCAGAUUCAAGUGGUUUUCGCUGCGUUGUUGGAUGUACCAAUACAGUGGGCUCAAACACAAAUCAGCUGUACUAUCCGACAUCGAUGAGUUUUGACAGUUAUGGGAACAUCUUCGUCACUGAUACUAGUAACAGUCGUAUUCAGAAAUUUAUUCGACUGAAUAAUAGUCGCGUUCCAUCAUAUAAUCAACCGAAAUUUUGUUCGGAUGCUUCGUGGAAUCCAAAUGCCACUACCUUUGCCAAUGCAACUAACGGUACCAUCGGACCAUCACCUUACGGUAUCUUCAUCACCAUCAACAACACUAUCUAUGUUGCUGAUCAAUCGAAGUAUCGUGUACAAAUUUGGUCUAAUGGAAGUACCACUCCAUCAAAAUCCAUCUACGGUACCAACAUGAAUUCAUAUUCACUUUUUGUCACAACCAAUGGUAAUGUUUUCGUUGAUAACGGACUCUACAAUCGUCGGUUCAUCAUGUUAUGGUUUAUUCGUUGA